AUGCCAAAACUCGAAUUUAUACCUUAUGCUCAGAGAGUGAUAUUGCGUAGUCAAGAUGAUAGGAAGCACAGGAUGAAAUGGGAGAAACAAAGAGAUGCUGAAGAUAGACGAACAAAAAGAGAAGAAAACCGUAUAGAACUUAAUAAUUUACUUUAUAAAAGUACUGAGAACAAAAAUAUUAAUUGUACUAUAGAUCCUAUUGAUGAUACAGACGAUUUAGAUAAUGAGAGUGAGUACAAUAACUGGAAGCAACGUGAACUAAUGAGACUUGAACGUGACUACAUUGAAUGUACUACUCAAAAUACAAUCGAAUAUAGUACAGUUGAAAUUAGUAAAAAUUUAGUAGACAGAUCAGAAAAACGGAAAUUAAGGCACAAAUAUCUUUAUAUGCAGAAGUACUAUCACAAAGGUUCAUUUUUUCAAGAUAAAGAUGAACCUUUGUAUAAUCGUGAUUUUAAUUUACCUACAGAAGAAGAUAAAGUAGACAAAACGAUAUUUCCGAAGAUACUUCAGCUAAGACGUGGUCAAUUAGGUAAGAGUGGACAAAGCAAACACAAGACUUUAAGAGAUGAGGACACAAUGUCUAAAACGUCUUUAUUUUAUGAAGCUUACAAAUAUAACAAUAUUUCUGGCAAAUAUAAGAAUAAUACUAUUGGAAAUAAUACUGAAUUUGAUAGACUAAGUUUAAAAAGAAAAUAA